CUAAAUUCUACAAUUGCCAACAGAUCUGUAUAAUGUAAUCUCUUUCUAGAAAUAUGUUUAGGGUUUUUUAUCGUACGGUUACCUAGGUAGCCACGGACGACGAGAUAUGUUUAGCGUAAACAAAUUGGUUCUCGUGAGAAACUGAAUUAUUUUGUCGAAAUCAAUCGCGUAUGACAGUUCUAGUUCGUGCGUAUCAGCAACAUGACAUCUCUCGAUUUAAGACAACAGAAACUCGAACAACAGAGACAAUUAAUUGCACAAAAAAUGAAACAAAAACGACAAAGUGGGGCUGGUGGAAUGGUUCAAGCAUCUAAUAUAUCAAGCACUCAACUUACAAGUCAUUCUACAAAGUGGAUGAAUCCAAACAAAGAGCUUCUUGGAUAUGAUGGGCCAUUGCAGUUUAAUACAUCACAAACAAAUUCAGAUUUAAUUACAUUUACAGAAAAUAAGGAAAUGGAAUCAAGAAUUAAUGUAAGCACAGAGGGAGGUUUUUAUCGAACUUUGGAAGCUACUGAUUGUGCAGACGAAGAAUCGUCACCUAUAGAUAUACAUUCACCUUCGGAAUCUUUACCAUGUCCUUCAUCUCUUAGAGUAGCUCCAUCAGAUGGUGCUAGCACACUUAUCAAUAGAGAAAAUAAUUCCUCAAGUCCAGAAUUAGAGGGAAAUGUAGAAGGGAAUAUAGAGCAUUUUGUAUUACAACCAGCAAAUAAAAAAAUGCAUUAUAAGUGUAGGAUAACGCGCGAUAGAAAGGGUAUGGAUCGUGGCCUCUACCCAACUUAUUUUUUACACUUAGAACGUGAUUAUGGGAAAAAGAUUUUCUUAUUGGCUGGACGUAAAAGGAAAAAAAGCACAACAAGCAACUAUUUAAUUUCUACCGAUCCUACAGAUCUUUCAAGAGCAGGCGAAUCUUAUAUUGGAAAAUUAAGAUCAAAUCUUCUAGGAACACAAUUUACUGUAUACGAUAACGGAUAUUCUUUAAUGAAAGACGAUAAACGAGAUGAUCGUUUUAAUCCAAGACAAGAAUUAGCUGCAGUAAUAUACGAUACUAACGUUUUAGGAUUUAAAGGGCCACGUAAGAUGACUGUCAUUAUCCCAGGAAUGACAUCAGAUCAAAAAAGAGUUGAAAUUUGUCCACGAGACGAAUCUGAAACUCUUCUUGAACGGUGGAAAACGAAAAAUAUGGAUAAUUUAAUAGAACUACAUAAUAAGACCCCUGUGUGGAAUGAUGAUACACAGUCAUAUGUACUUAAUUUCCAUGGACGUGUGACGCAAGCUUCAGUAAAAAAUUUUCAAGUAGUUCAUGAUAGUGAUGUUGAUUACGUUGUUAUGCAAUUUGGCCGUGUGGCAGAAGAUGUUUUCACGAUGGAUUAUAGGUUUCCAUUGUGCACACUUCAAGCAUUUGCCAUCGCUUUAAGCAGUUUUGAUAGCAAGUUAGCUUGUGAAUAAUAUAAUUGAACAUAAACAUGAUCAUACAUUCAUGGGCGAUAAACUAUAUUGGUUAGAAGAAUUUGCAAUGGACAAUCAAUAGAUUGCAAUGAUGCUUUUGUACAAACAUAUCUGUAACAGUAACUAUUCUAUUCAAAUUUCUUGACGUAAGGAUAAUCAUUAUAAAUCGUGUGUUCACUUUUCUUACAUAUGGGUACUGUUUUAAACAGUAAACAUAUUUCGCAUUUGAUGCUUGCACCGGGUGUUAAGAUGACAACUAUAAUUGUAUCGUUGUUGAUCCUAAUACAUCGUUCUAUAAUGUGCAUUUCGAUUUGUAUUGCACAUGCAAUAUGUUGUUAUUUCUAAUAAUAAUAUUGCCUAUUGUGAUGAAUAAUAUACAUAGUAAAGAAUUAUAAUUCGAAACAAAUUGUAUAACUUCUAAUUUAUAUUUUAUUAAUUAUUUGUUCUCUUAUUCAGUAUCUGAAAUAUUUUAAACUACGUUUGUGCAAUCAAAUGUCUGGUGUUUACAAAGUUGACAUUUUGGUACUAUUAUGAAGAAGUUUUUACACAAAUGGUAUUUUAUAUGCUCAAAAGCAACACAUUAAACGCAGCAAUGACGUUGAUACACUGCACAACUUACUGCCUGAACAGAUGAUAAUGAAUCUUCAUAUCAAAAGUGUAUAGAGUUGCUAUUUUAUGCUAUACAUUUUUGCUUGAAAAGAUCAAGCACAUUCUACUAUUCAUGAUAAUUCAAUAAUAAUGCAAUAUUAUAUAAUAAUAUAAUAAUGCAAUAAAUUAUAUGAGAAAUAAGAUAAAAAAUAAUAUUUUUUAGAACUGACAGAGAUAAAUAAUCACUUUCUUGCAAAUGGAAUUCUACAUAAUUUAUUACUUUUUUGUAGAAAUGGCAAUAAUAUCACAAAUGACAAAUAGUUUUUAUUAUAUAAUACUGCAUCUCAUUCUAUGAAAAAUUUUUCAAUAUUUAAAUUAUUAAUACUAAUAAUAAAUUAAGAUUGUUAUAGCGGUAUAAGUACGAUUUCUGUGUAUAAUGAUCUAUUAAAAUAGAUCAUUGCCUAAAUACGUUAUUUGAAAUACGUAUCAAACAUUUUUAUUUGAUACAUAAUUAUUAAUUGAGACAUUUUAUUAUUGACAUAAAAUUCUUUAUAUUUAUAAAAGUACCAAAGAUGUGUUGAUACUCAUACAUGAUGACACUUCAAUAUUGGGUCUUUGUAUAAUAUUAAUUAUGUAAUAUUUGAAUAUUGGGCCUUUAUGUAAUAUUAAUUUACACAUUUGGAAAUUGCAAAGAAAAACCUGAAAAUAUUUAUUUCAUUGUAUAAAUUAUCUAUUAAAUUCGAUAUUUAUGCGCAUGUAAAUGAUUAUGCAUAAUUUUUGUCAAAUUUACAAAAAACGAAGUUUAUUAUGAUUUAAAGAUUUAUAAGGUUUACUUAUUAGUAUGUUUUAUACAUAUUGAAUGUUAGAUAUUAGAUAGAUAUGGUAUUGAAUGAUUAUAUAUAAAAUAAAGACAAGAUAAAACAACAAAAAAUGAAAUUAAACAAAUGUAAAAUUG